AUGUUGAUGGAUCUUCAUCAAUUCCAGGAAUUAUAUGUUAAUGGAAAUGGUUAUUAUUGUGUUAUAUUUGCAGUUGAUCAAGAUUUGGUUGGUUUGGUAGUAAGUAAUGCUGAUGAGGCUUUUGAGGUGUAUAACAGUUAUGCAUAUAGACUUCGUUUUAGUGUGAGGAAGGGUCAUCAACGAUACAAGGGAUCUUCGAACACAAUUCAAAUGAAGAAAUUUUGUUGUUCUAAGGCUAGUUAUAAAGCUAACAGUGGGGUUAAGGCUUAUUCCAAAAUUGACACAAGGAUAGGGUGUAGAACGUUUGUUCAAUUUGACGUGGGUGAUGAUGGGUUGUGGACAGUUACAAAACACGAGAAAGUGCACAAUCACGAGUUAUGUGUGUUCAACAAGAGUCAUCUACUUCGUUCACAUAGGAGUGUCGGAGAUAAUCAGCUCUUAUAUUUACAAGGUUUGAAGGACAGUGGUGUUGCAUUGGCAGAUGGUAUUAGGUUCCUAAAACACCAAUCAGGGGGGUCCCCUUUAGUUGGUUUCACCAGUAGAGAUGCUUAUAAUUCAAUGGCUGCGGAUACUGUCAAGAGGAGGCAGUCUACCGAGACUGAUUUUUUCUUUGAUUUUGAACUUGAUUUGGAUGCAAGGUUGUGCAGUUUUUUUUGGAGGGAUGGUCAAAUGAGACGAGAUUACGAGGUGUUUGGGGACUUGUUAGUGCAUGAUACGACAUAUCGCACAAACAAAUACGAUAUGAUUUGUGGCCCUUUCGUAGGGAUGAAUCACCAUUGCAUGAAUGUAAUGUUUGGAUGCGGGUUUUUGAUGAACGAGUGGAUAGAAUCGUUUGUGUGGUUGUUUAAAGCGUUUUCAAGAUCAAUGCGUGGCAAGUCUCCGCAGACUAUUAUGACAGAUCAAUGUGCAGCUAUGGCUGCUGCUAUAUCUAAAGUGUUCCAACAUCACGUCAUCGUCUUUGCAUAUGGCAUAUCGAGACUGAAGCUGAAUUUCAAUUCUAUUGGACAAGAAAAGCUAUAUGAUUGUAGGGAGAAGUGGUGUCCAGCAUUUAACAAGGACUAUUUUUCUGGGGGCAUUCUAUCAUCACAAAGGAGUGAAACUACAAAUCAUUCGAUUUCUAGAAGGUUGUCCAAGACAGCGGGUCUUUGUGAUUUCUAUUCAUCGUUUGUAAGCGUAAUUUCUGAAUGGAGAAGUAAAGAGAACGGUGAAGACUUUCGGUGUGCUCAAGGGGUACCCGCUAUGAUGAUGGAGCAUGUGAAACUUCUUUCACAUGCUAGAGAGGUAUACACGAUUGAGAUAUAUUUUCUGUUUGAGGAACAAUUCAUGAAAGGCAGUGCGUGUCAUCAAGAGAUGGUGUUGAAUGAUGGCCGUCAACAGAAGUAUCAUGUGUGGCGGCCAGAUAUAGAUAUUAUAAGUAUUCCCGACAAAUAUAUACUUAAAAGAUGGACUAAAAAGGUUAUUGAUGGUAGGAAUGUCAACAUUGAUUCUAUGGUUUAUAAUGUCGGUGUUCCUCCAUCAAUUUGGGUGUUCGAUAUUAGUAGAAAAUUUCAAAGAUUAGUUGUGUCUAGUCAAGAUAGCAGCGUAGCUAGGAAACUGUGUGACGAGGCUGUUGAUGAUGUAAAGAAAAAGGUUGAAGCCGAGGUUGGGCAUGUGCAUAUUGAAGAGUGUGGUGUUUCAUCUUCAAGUGGUGGUGUUCAAAAUCCUUCAAGCCGGAGAUUGAAAGGUGAGCGUAACAAAAGGAGGAGUGGUGUUAUUGAAAAGAAGUACAGUCUUGCAAGGGGAGAAGGAGUGCUGCAAAUAAAGCUGCAUUGA